GCUCUUCUUUCCUUUUAUUUCUCUUUUUGUUUCUUUGCUUUCUCUUUUUCAUUUUAUUUAUUUAAAUAUAAUCGUUGUCUCACAAAGUCCGUUCUUCAAUCUUCUUUUCGUCAUCUCUUUUGCUCUCUACCAUUGCCUCUCUCUUGCUUUAUUCUCUCCACCACAACUGUUAUCAUUUUACAAUCAUCUCUACACUACACCACACACAUUUGUCUUUUGACAUCUUCAGUUGUCAAUUGUCUUAUUUACGGUUACCUCAGCAGACUUGUCCACAAAUUUAGCAAGGCCACUUGAUCGCUAAUUUUAUAAUCGCCCAUCACUACUACGCCGAACAACAACAUGGCAUCUUGCAACGCCCUUCCAUCACAUCCUCCUCGUAUCAUGAACGCAUUAUCAUCCGCCACCUCUGCCACCACAACAACUACUCUUAUUUCAUCUGCACCAUCCACAGAUACCAACAUCACAACAACUCCGUCACCACCGCCCACGCCCGAGCAGACCUCCAAGAACUGUAGCGAAACACUUAGUAACUCUACAAUCUCCUCAAACGACAUCGCCUCCUCUUGCCCCUCCUCUUCCUCCCCAUCAUCAUCAUCACAGCCUCGUACUUAUAUUACAGAUCCAUCCACUUCAACAUCUGCUACCAUGGUUAAUGCCUCUCCUAUCAACAUGUCCUCAACAGCAUCCCUCCAGCAACAGCAACAACCAGUUCCACAACCAUUCAAUCUGAUCAAUCAUCCUAUUAAAGAUACUCUGAAUAUUGUCUCGGCAUUGCUCUCGAAAGUUGUUCAAAAAAACGAUAGCCAAUAUGACCCCUCGAAUGGCAGCUCCGUUACGUUGUUCCAUUCAAGAGCCGUGCCUCGUAUCUCCAUCGAGGCUUACCUGACAAGGAUCCUGCAGUAUAUCCCUUUUACUAAUGAAACCUUACUGAACGUGUUGGUGUAUUUUGACCGCAUUGGUGGACUGGAAGGGAUGCAGCUUCAACCAAAUGGAACAAUGGCAUCAACAACAGACACUUGUCAAAAGAGCACUAGCAGCUUAAUUGUGUCUCUGAUGGAGAAGGAAGAUCUUGAAGUCCAUAUCAAAUCUCCUUCAUCAUCAGUAAUUGGCCCCAAUGCCGGCAUCCCAGUGGUUCGAAAACAUGGCAGAGAAGAAGACUCUUCAUGUCAACCCCAAAAUUGUAAAAAGAGAGCAAGAACAGACGAGAUGUCAACAUUAUCACCCUCUGUUUCUCCAGCAGUAGAAAUCUCCCUCCCUCAGACUCCUGCUGCAACACCGCCUGCCCCGCCAUGUACCGCAGCAACCGAUAACGGAUUCCGCCUUAACAGCUUCAACAUUCAUCGGUUACUGAUUACGUGUCUGAUGGUUGCUGCAAAGUUCACUUCAGACCUGUUUUAUUCCAAUGCAAGAUACGCAAAGGUCGGUGGUUUAAGUCUUCCAGAGCUAAACCAACUUGAACUUGAAUUUCUGUUUACUACCAAGUUUGAACUGAAUGUCAAAGCCGAUGAGCUUCAAUAUGUAGGAGACGCGCUACUUCAGUUCCGAGACCAUCACAUGGUUCGCACUACCUUGCUUCAACAGCAACAACAACAUCAACAGAUUAAGCAACAAUACAAAAUUCAAUUGCAACAAUAUCAAAUGCAACAACAUCAACAAAUGUUGCAAAUCCAGCUGCAACUGCAGCUUCAGCAACAACAACAACAACAACAACAACAACAACAACAACAACAACAACAACAACAACAACAACAACAGCGACAGCAGCAACAGCAGCAACAAAUCAUGCAGUAUGCUCCUUCACCUGUCAGUCCAAAAAGAUCUGCCUCUAACUAUACAGCAGGUGUAGCCCACAUGCCUGUUGUUAACGGAGACCCUGCUUUUGCUGUGCCUGUUUCCAAGGUUCAAAUGUUAUCUCCUCCAGAGGAUGUUCGACACCUUUAAAUUUUUAUUUUUAUUUUUAUUUUUAUUUUUAUUUUUAUUGUGCUUGUUCCGCUUUGUAUUCUACAUUUGUUACACAUGUCUGCUAGCAAUUUCUUUCCUUUUCAUUGUCAUUAUUAUUAUUGUAGACUACAUCUCAAUGUUGUGC